AGUGAACGCGUUUCUCGAACCUAUGAAGAGUAGAGUGCAAUCAAAAUGUGGAACAGCAUCACGUUACUGUUUUUUGUUUUAGGGAUCCAGUUCGGAACCUCACAGCUGGUGUGUUAUCAGUGCACGGAUUGUGAACUCAAUCCUACAACUGUUGUGAUUUGUGAAGAUGUUGUUACAGAACAGCCCACUCUACCGACAACUGCUGGAACAACUCCAAGUUUGUCAACUAGUCCUGACCCGCCUUGCCCCACGUGUUCUCCAGAAAAUACCAUUACACUACCAACGAGUCCACCAACAACUACAAGCUCAACUUGUCCAACGUGUGCUCCAGAAACAUCUCCAGAACCUACACCUACUUUGCCAACUAGCCCUCCUCCGACGUGUCCAACGUGUGCUCCAGAAACUACACCCCAGCCAACGCCAACCUUACCCACUAGCCCAGAACCUACGUGUCCUACAUGUGCUCCAGAAACUUCUCCAGAACCAACACCAACUUUACCGACGAGCCCGCAACCAACUUGUCCAACAUGCGCUCCAGAAACAUCCCCAGAACCUACUCCUAUUCUGCCGACAAGUCCACCUCCAACCUGCCCCACAUGCGCUCCAGAAACAUCGACACAACCAACGCCUACUCUACCGACUAGCCCGGCUCCAACGUGCCCAACGUGUGCUCCAGAAACAUCUCCUGAACCAACGCCUACUUUACCGACAAGUCCUCAGCCAACUUGUCCAACCUGUGCACCAGAAACUUCCCCGGAGCCAACGCCUACUUUGCCAACUUUGCCGACAAGCCCUGCACCCACGUGCGCUACGUGUCCUGCGGCAUCAGAAACCAGCUACGGUCCCACAUCGCCCCACUUCACAACGUAUUGGCCUACGGAUCCUCCAACUCUGACACCAAGUAUCGGACCAACCUCUCCUCCGUUCACAACCUUUUGGCCUACACCAUCGCUGACAACGGCUUCGAUUGGGCCAACUACACCACAAUUCACAACCCAAUGGCCUACGAUUUCCCCCUCCACCCAACCUACAACGCCAUCGCUGACUACGGUCCCUCCCUCUGCAACGACACCCCCAUUUACGACCAUUUGGCCAUCCCCACCGUUAACGACAGGCUCAGUUGGACCAACUACGCCACAGUUUACUACCCAAUGGCCAACGAUACCCACCACCAGCCAACCAACGACACCAACGCUAACCACGGUUCCUCCAUCGGCAACGACACCCCCGUUCACUACAGUCUGGCCAACAUGGCCCUGGGACACCUGGCCAACUCCAUCGCUCACUACCGGCACCCCAAUUUGGUCAACCCCGUCACUUACGACCGCUAACCCAUCGUUCCCAACAACUCCACUUACGACAGCCUAUCCUACCUGGGUAACGCCACCCCUGACCACCGUUCUGCCCACCUGGACAUCGAUAGAGUUGACCACAGCAGCCCCAACAUGGCCCACAGUGGUUCUCACGACUGCCGGAUCCGGAACGCUUUGGCCACCGCUGAUUACACCAAUCAGGCCACAGGCUAGGAAGCACCUGCCUACACCGGUCAACAUUUGCUACACCACCGAGCGAAUUGUGAAUCAACGAGUUGUCACGGAUCGAGGAUGCCAAAAACGCUCCCAAUCGGUGGAGGAAACAUGCGCAUUUAUCACCAACAACCAAAGCUAUCAACGGUGUUCCCUUUGCUCCUGGAGUUUGUGCAACCGAUAAAUUGUCGAUUUAAUUACUAAUCUUAACUAAUUGAGCAUCGAAUCAGCCAUUUUAGUGUGAUAGUUUUGUACUCGUACCUUCACUGAAUAAGUUUCAACUCAGAUCUUUACUAGAUAGUCAGAGAAAUUCUUGAUAUCCUAAUGUUGUUUAGAAUAUUUAAGAGAUUAUUAAAUUUCUCAACAUACUCAAUGGAAAAUUACAAGUUUCUAUCACAAGAUAGAAAACACUGAUAAGACAUAACA